AUGAAUGUCAAAUAUGUUAAUUUCAUUCUGCGGAUACAAGAUAUUAUUUAUUACACGUUUAACAUUGAACGUAAAUUCGGUCCACAAGAUACCAAAGAUGCAGAAAAUGAUGAAUGCCAAUUGCUAUGGGAUUAUGACAAUGUAACCCUAAUGUCCAUGGCGGAAUCUCUUGAAAAUGAAAAUGAACGACUUUCCCGCGAAAUUGAACUUCUUAAGAAAGAGAAUU